ACGGAAGUCAUACCACUUCCGGGCUGUGCACCCGAGUAACAGUCCGGUCGGCUUCUCACAGCAAGAUCAUCUCGUCGCUCCUUUCCGAUCAAUUAAAUUCUUCAGUUUUUCUUUUUUUCCUGACACCGACAUGCCUUUAAAGUUUGAACUGUGCCCCGGGAGGAUGAUUGGAGGCAACCAUCCGUGUUUUAUUAUCGCCGAAAUUGGACAGAACCACCAGGGAGACAUCGAGCUUGCCAAGAAGAUGAUCAAAAUGGCAAAGGACUGUGGUGCAGAUUGUGCCAAAUUCCAGAAAAGUGAACUGGAGUACAAAUUUAACAAACGUGCCUUAGAACGCUCCUACACGUCCAAACACUCAUGGGGGGAAACUUAUGGUGAUCACAAGCGCUACCUGGAGUUCACCCAUGAGCAAUACAGGGAUCUACAGAAAUAUGCAGAGGAUGUGGGAAUCUUCUUCACUGCCUCAGGAAUGGAUGAGAUGGCUGUAGAGUUCCUCCAUGAGCUUAAUGUGCCUUUCUUCAAAGUGGGCUCAGGGGACACCAACAACUUCCCUUAUCUGGAGAAGACGGCCAAGAAAGGACGUCCCAUGGUGGUGUCCAGUGGAAUGCAGUCCAUAGAGACAAUGCGUCAGGUAUACAAGACAGUGAAGGAGCACAAUCAAAACUUUGCCAUCCUGCAGUGUACCAGCGCAUACCCUCUUGAGCCUGAGGAUGUCAACCUCAGAGUGAUCACAGAAUACCAAAAGGAAUUCCCCGAUAUUCCAAUUGGCUAUUCUGGCCAUGAGUCUGGAAUCAGUAUUUCAGUGGCAGCUGUUGCUCUGGGGGCAAAAGUCAUCGAACGUCAUGUGACACUGGACAAGACGUGGAAGGGCAGUGACCAUGAGGCGUCGCUGGAGCCCUCGGAGCUAGCUGAGCUGGUUCGCUCUGUCCGACUUGUGGAGAAGGCGCUGGGAAGUGGCCUCAAGAGGAUGCUUCCUUGUGAGAAACCAUGCCAUGAUAAGCUGGGGAAAUCUGUGGUGGCCAAGGUGAAGAUCCACAAAGGAACUGCCCUCACUCUGGACAUGUUAACGGUGAAGGUGGCCAUACCCAUGGGUGUAGCAGCCGAAGACAUCUUCCAGCUGAUUGGCAAGGUUGUAAUGGAGGACGUGGGAGAAGAUGAGAGCAUCAUACCGGAGGUGGUGGACAGCUAUGGGAAGAAGACCAAGUGCUGAUAUUUACAAGGCUGGGAGUAAAACACUUAAAACACUUAAAAACACCGUAAUCAUGUGGGCAUAAUUUGGUUGGUGAUUUGUUUCCCUGUAUAGUUUCAGUAAUCAUGAACAAGAGGGGGUAAUUGUCCUAAGAGGUGACAAUGGCAGUUGUCUCCUGUUCCUAAAGACAAAUAUGCACUGAAGAAACAUAAAUCAACAACAGGUAAUUAGCAGACAAUGCCGUAAAUGAAGUAUCUGCUUUAUUGCUUCUUUGUAUAAGGCAAUGUCAAUUUAUUUGGUGCCUAUGAAAAAAAGAUUUAAAUCACGGUCUGUAUGUGCCAGCAGACGGUGCAUUUUUUUACCAUCUCAGUUGCACACUAUGAUCUCUCUUGACAAACUAUAACCUAUAUAUUAAAUAUAAAAGUUGUUUGGUGCAGUAUAAUGGCCAGGUCAUCAACUUAACCGUAUUGCCGGAUGUUAUCGCCGGGAAGGAAUAGAUGUUGAACAGAUGUUGGACAGACUCAUGUGGCACUUCGUUUCUCAAAUCUUCUCAGCCUGCUUUGCUGGCCAUUGCAGGUCCGAAAUAUGAAGCUGUGUUUGACAGCGUCUCCGUUAUGAACUUCACAAUAUGCCUGUCUGGGAUUGUGAGGCCCAGCAGAAUAUAAAUAAUAAUGUAUUCAACCCAGUAGACACAGCAUUUUUGUUUUAGAAUAUUUUAGUUUUAUCAUAUAAUAAGUCAAGCUGUACAAUGAUGGCCUUACUUAUAUGCAUUAACCGUGGCGCUUUUUGGGCCCAUGACAACCUUUUUUUUCAUAUUUGGUUCGGACCAGAUAAGGGAACCGAAACGCUCUACAAGAUAACCUGUUGUGAAGAGGAUAUCCCGUGUUUUCCGGUGGUAUGUGAUAUGUUGGGGGUUGUGGCACAAUGAAAUGAUUCAUAAAAUAUGAUUUAACUGAUGCUGAAAUUAUGAUUUUAAAAAAUGAUUCAUUUUGUCUUCAAUUUUGCAUAUACUGUACACUACUCACAAAUGUUUGGCUUUUAAGUAAAAUUUCAGGAUGAACCUAAAUUGCACAUCUCCAUCUGUUCAAUGUUUGUGGACUUUUUGCACAACUUGCUGUUGUCAGGCGACGGAGUACUAGGGCCACAUUGAGGAAAAAAUGAUCUAACAUUUCGAGAAUAAUGUAAAUUUAGAAGAAAAAACUUGUAAUAUGACGAGAAUGAAAUCGUAAAUUUACACGGACAUUUUUUUUUUUACUUUGUUACGGUCAUUGCCUGAGACGGCUAUGAAAAGGGGGGGACUUCUGUGAUCUUUGGCCUUUUAACAUGUGGAGGACGCGGGGUAAGGAAGGCGUCAGUGAGAAGGGCUAGACG